GUGAUUUGGUAAUUGGUGGGAGAUUCCUAACCUCCUCUCCAAGAAGUCAACACAAGCAAAAUAAAAUCGAAAACCCAUGAAUAGAAACUUCCCAGGAAUUAAACUCUUUCAAACUCUCCUAAACAAGUAUAUAUAUAUCAAAAUUUUUGACUCUUCUCACUUCUCACGUGAUUUUUUUGUCCAGCACUAUUAUUAGUCUUCUCGAAAGAAGCCGUCAAGUAAGUCCUUCAAGUACUUAUCAUGCAAUUUCUUCCAUAAUAAUUCAACCUCUCAAUUUCCCAAAACCUUCAAAAUUAAACACCUCCCAAAGUCAACAUCAAAAUUCCCAAAAUCCCAAUCUUUUUCCCCACAAAUGUGUAGUCCUUUCAGCUGUAGCAGUUUCAAGAGAUGGAAAGAAUAUGACUAUGAUUUUGAUGAAUUCCCAGCUCCAAUCAAAACACCCCAGAAAUCUAAAAGCUGUAGAAGCUAUUCUUUUAGUAGUAGUACUAAAAGAAAAGAUGAGAGCAAGAAGACCAAGCAGAAGAAGAAGAACCCUUAUGCAAAUCAAGGGCUUGACAAAUUUGCUGCACUUUUAGCGGAACUUGAAGCCAAGAAGCAGAAGAUUUACAUGCAAAAGGGCUCAGGAGAUAUCUCUUUGGUUUAUUUUACUUAUACCAAUUCAGAUGAACUCCAACCCUUUAUUGUCAAAGUCAAGAAACCACAACCACAACAACAACAACCACAGAAGCAACAACCAAAUCCAAACAACAAAGAGAAAGAAAUGAAGCCAAUUGCCCAAGUGGCAGCAAUAAACAAGAAGGAUGAGGAAGAAGCUCAAAGGCAAAAGAAGGAGGUGACGACCCAAAUUCGUAAAAUCACUAAAAAGAGCUUCAAAUUGAGAAAUGGUGAUCUGAGGCACAUUUUUGGCUUCUUUCCUAUGACCAUAAUCUUGAUUUUGCUUCUUUUGUGUUUAAGUGGAAGAUCGUUUGCUAUAAUUUGCGUAACGGUCGCAUGGUACCUCGUACCUAUGUUGUCAAGGGAAACUAAUGAUCCAGUAACUAAGAAAACCAAAUGACAGAAAAGUGAGGUUCGUUCAUGAUUAAUCAUGAUGAUCAUUUGGUUCUAUUGUGAUGAAGGGUGCAAUUUAAUCUUCAUCAUUCCAUUUUUUCCUUCAAAUUUUUUGUUUAUUCCAUUUUGGUGCAUGAUUUUGUCGCACUCAACUGUAGAUUUGUGUGGGGUUUUUGUUUUUUUUUUUUGGUAGUUUUUAUAAUCCGUUAAAGUUGUAAAUUAUUAUUGCUAUUUUUUUUGUUGUUGGUUUUGUUAAUUACUGUUCUGACGGGGACAAAAAUUCCUUGUCUUUGACGUGUUCUUCAUCAUCCAGUGGAUUUUGGAUAUGGAAAUUUUGAUUUGUGCACUCAACGCUGAAGUAACUGAUGAUUUCAGCAUUGUAUAUAUAAAUUUUGCCAAGUUGUUCAAACUAUG